AUCAAAUGUCUUGGAUUGUUAUGGAUUUACCCGUAAAAACAGAGUGGAUGUGACUCUUUGACCCCCUGUUGCCAGAGAGACUGCGGUGGGACCAUGGCUUCAGGGGCUACAGCCGUAGAGAGCCAACUCCAGAGGAUUAUCCGAGAUCUGCAUGAUUCUGUUGCUGAAUUAGCCAAGGAGUGCAGUGAAAGUGGGGAGCCAGUUACAGAUGACAGCACCAACCUCCACAAAUUCUCCUACAAACUAGAGUACCUCUUACAGUUUGGCCAAAAGGAGAAAACCACACUUCUUGGCACAAAAAAAGAUUAUUGGGAUUACUUUGUUGACUGUCUGGCCAAAAUUAAAGGAGCCAAUGAUGGGAUCCGCUUUGUCAAAUCAAUCACUGAACUAAAAACAUCUGUGGGAAAGGGACGUGCCUUUAUUCGCUACUCUCUGGUACACCAACGACUGGCUGACACUCUGCAACAGUGUUUAAUGAACCAGAGAGUGACAAGUGACUGGUACUAUUCACGAAGUCCCUUCCUGAAAGCUCAGCUCAGUGCUGACAUCAUUAGUCACCUGUAUGAACUCAAUGACGUGCAGUUUGAUGUAGCUUCCAGAGGUCACGACCUUGAUGCAGCCUGGCCCACUUUUGCCAGGAGGGCUCUAAAUGCAAACUCUCCCAGCCAUACAUGGAAACCACCAAGUCGUAGCUCCAGCAUUAAUAGUUUGGCAAGCAACUACUCACAGCAACCGGGCGAUUUCUCCUGUAGCAUUGACUUUGGUCAUGGUUUACUCAAUGAACUCAAUGAGUCGCUACCUCCGUGCAGUGAAGAUGCCAGCACCAUUGAUGAGCUGCGCCUUGAACUUGACCAGUCUGAGCUGAAGAUGCGAGAACUCUUAAACAAAGUCCAGCAAAUGGCCGAGCAAGAGGUUGAACUAAGAGGGGUUGUAGAAGACCUCCAGAGACAGUUGGACAUAUCCCUAACUGCCCAGGAGAACCAGCAAGUCGAACUCAAAAAUGUGCGUGGAAGAGAGGACACCCUGUCCAGAGAAAUUGAAGCUAUUAGGAAUGUGGAAAAGGUCCGGGAGGCAGAACACUACCAGCUUCAGGAGAAAAUGGCCGCAGCUGAAUCCAAGAACAUAGAGCUUUUAGCCAAGUUAGAUGGAGUCUUAAAUGAAAAAGGACACCAGGCUGCUAGCUUCUUUGACUCAGCACAAAAGAUACAUGAAUUACUUGACAAGUUAAAAGAAGCAGAGAAAGGGAAGAUGGAUGCUGUGGCUGAGAUGGAGGAGAAGAAAAGACUGAAUGAAAGAUUAGAAGAGGAGCUAAAGUUGAAAACUAUUAUAGUAAAAGAUUGUGAAACAAAACUAGAAGAUGUGGUUAUGUCUAAAGCAAAAUUGGAUGUUCAGCUGAAGGAACAAAAAUGUGCUAUGGAUAACCUACAAGGAGCCUUAAUGCUAAAAGAGAAGGAGACAAGUAAUUUACAGAUGCAACUUUUGGACCUCCAAAAAAUGAUAGAAAAACAAGAAAAUGAGAUGAAGAAGACGAGGGAGAAAUUUGAAAAAGAAAAUUGUGAUAUCAAAGAGCAGCUUGAGAGUAAAGGUGAAGAGUUAGUUACCAGCGUUAAUACAUUACAAGAGUUACAAACCAAGAAUCAAGUCCUGACCACAGACAAGGAAAAACUUACCACUGACCUUGCCAACAUGGAAAUGAAUGUAAAGGAACAUGCUGCAAAGAAUGAGGAAUAUAAAGUAGAGUGUGGAAAUCUAAUGGAGUUUAAUGAGAAACUACAGGCUACAGUGAGAAAAAAUGAAGAACAGGUGAAGGAGAUGAUGAGACACCAGGCUGAACUUGAGGCUCAGUUGGCUGGUUUAAGAGCCUCAGAAAAGCAACUCAGAGGUCAACUGGAUGACACUAAGAUGACGGUGGAUGAGAAAGAAAAACGGUUACGUGAGGAGAACCGGGAGCUGGAUGAACACCUACAGCGUGCAAAUAUGGCCGCCAAAAUGUCAGAGUCCACAGUCAAACGUUUGGAGCAGGACAACCAAGCACUCAAAGAAGAACAAAAAUCUGUAAACGCCGCUCUCAGUCGCAUGCAAGCUGACUUGAAGCAUGUGCAUGGGCAGAUAAGUGGUUUAGAAAAUAACUUGGAAGCCUCUCAUAAGAAGGAACAGGCUUUGCACAGUCAGCUACAAACCAGUGAGUCACAGUUAGACCACAACAAGAAGGAAAUCAGUGAACUUGUAAAAAAAGUUAAAAUAUUAGAGAGAAAUAAGAAGGAGCUUGAAAAGGCAAAAGCUGAUGCAGAGGCGACUAUAGUUAAACAAAUGGAAAUGAUGGAAUGUGUCACUUCUGAGAAACAGGCUAUUGAAAAAUCACAAUUUGAGAAGAGCACAGCCCAAGCCAAACAAAACCAGGAAGUAACUAGUAAACUUAAUUUAGUAGAAGAGCAAUUGGAUGUAAGUAUGAAGGAAGUAUCCAGGUUGCAAGCAGAGAUACUGGACUUAAGAGUGCAGGUGCAAAGAAGCGAAGAGGAAAAACUGAAGUCCCAAGCACAACUGGAGAUGACUGAGGCCCAGAGAAACGAGCUGAGGACACUGACUGAAAAAUUAAAGGCUACAAUUGAAGCACUAAACCAGAAACAUGUUGAAGAGCUGAUGGAAUGCAAAAAGAAGGAGGAGGCAUUGAUCAAAGAACGGGACAAGGAAUUGGGUAACAGUGCUGAGUUGGCCUCCACGCUAGCUGAUGUACACGAAGAGGUUUCCAUGCUAAAGGAAGAAAAUGAGCGAUUGGUUUUAGAAAAUAGUGACACACGGGAAGGACUGCACAGGGUGAACACAGAGAUGGCAGAGAUGGGCAUGACAAUAUGCAAACUGAGUGCUGAAAAGGAGGAAGCCAGGGAGCAAUGGGCUGCAGAUGAGGUAAGGAUAGAAGAGUUUGAAAAGGAGGUAGAGCGCUUUGGGGAAUGCAUGGAUGAACUGCGAGAAGAAAAUAAAAUGCUUAAAGAGGAGCUGGCACAGAUGGAGAAACUGCCAAAACGAAUAAAGGAGCUACAGGACCAGUUGGAGAAAGCAAAUAGCCAAGUACAAAGUCUGAAAAACUCCACCCGGGAGGAGGUGGAGGCUGUUAAGUUUCAGAUGAGCUCAGAAAGCAUGAAUCAUCAAGUACAAAUAAAGAGUUUAACAGAACAACUCAACAAGGUGAAAACGCAGCUACAGGAAGAGCAGAAGAGUGUCUCCAGUUUACAGAAACAAGUCUCACAGUUAGAGGCUUUGAAUGAGCAAUAUUUGCAGCUGACUGGAGAGAAAGAUGCUCACAUCACUAAAACAGAAAUCACAAUUCGUGACAAUGACACUGAGAUACAGCAACUUAGACAUGAAGCACACAGUACUAAAGAUGCCCAUUUGGCUGCACAAGCCCUGUGUGAUGAAUUAAAGCACAAAUUGGAGACGACCGAAGUCGACAAGCAAACCCAGAUAUUAAAGAUGUCCGCUGAGAUUGAUGACCUUAACCGGACUAAAACCAUUCUGGAGGAACGACUUAUUGAGCUAAUUAGGGACAAAGAUGCUCUGUGGCAGAAGACAGAUGCUCUGGAAUUUGAGCAGAAGCUGCGUUCAGAAGAGCGCUGGUGGCUUAUGGAUAAAGAGGCCACUCACUGUCUCGGCUGCCAGGGACAGUUUACCUGGUGGCUACGCAAACAUCACUGCAGACUUUGUGGUCGUAUUUUCUGCUAUUACUGCAGCAACAACUUUGUAAUGACGAAACAAAGUGGGAAAAAGGAGCGCUGUUGUAAAGACUGUUACAACCAACACAGUUCUGUGGUGGAGAGGUUCAGUGAGGCAGAAUUGAGUCCUUCAGAAACCCAGGCUCCGUCACCUGGACCGGGACCUCAACCGUGUCCUGAUGCAGCCCCGUCUAUACCCACUCCCAGAGACCCUACAUACAAGUCUGAUGAUGGAAUCUUUGACAUAAUCACUGAAGAUGAAGUGCACAGAGUAUAUGACAGUGAUGCUGCAUCUCAAACCACCGCAGGCUCCUUGGAUGGAGAACAGGCUCCCAGACUGCUCAAUAUAAGCACAGGUGACGUGACCCCAGAGGAGGCAGAAGAACAUAUUCCCACUGUUCAAGAUUCAGAGAUUAAUCUCCUCAAAUCUGGAGAAGUCACGAUGGCUAUUCCGUUCAGCAUCGAAGACAUUUCCCAAUUUGGUGGUGGUUCCAGGGAACUGUUUAUCAAAUCGAGCAACUAUAGUGUGAUAACGGUUACUGUCUGUGACUGUGGAGCCACUAUCAGCUGGAUGUUUUCCUCUGAGCCAAAAAGCAUUUCCUUUAGUGUGGUCCACCGAGAAUCUACUGAUACUCCCAUAGAACAAUCAAAGGUCCUGAUUCCUCUCACUCGCUGUAAUUCACAUAAAGAGACUGUUCAGGGACAACUGAAAGUGCGACACCCUGGCCUCUACACCCUCAUCUUUGACAACUCUUUUUCUCGGUUUAUUUCUAAAAAGGUUUUCUACCAUCUGACCAUGGAGCAGCCCAUAGUCUAUGAUGGAAGUGACAUUCCCUGAAGCUACAAGAUGUGUCCCCACUCAGUGCAUUAUACACUUCAUGGGAAAUCUCAGGAGAAGACUUUUUUUAUCUGCAAUAUCUUAAAACUGAUUUGAUUUUGAUCAUUUCUUCUGUUUUAUGUUAUGAUCCCUUUGCUUUAAACAUUUUUAAUUGGGGGAGUUUGGAGCUUAUUUUAUUUGUAGUCAUCAACAAACUGAAAAUACAUAUGUUGUAGUAAUUGCAUGUUCUUCGUGUUUUCCUCACGUGUAAGUCAGGUGGUGUUAUUUCACUAAUUUACCCUGUGAAACUUGUCAGUUCAAAAUUGGAUUUUUUUAAAAAGUGGUUUAAUUUUUCAAUGACACGUUUUGUUUUGUUUUUUGCAUAAGUCCUAUUUAUUAGUUAAUAGUAAUUACCAUAGUAGCCUGUUUAAGUAAAUGUAUUUUCAGUGCCAGUGUGCUGUUACACAGUACUAUCACUGCCUAAGUUCAGAGAACGUGUGUACAUGGGCACGUUCUCUUAAAGUGCCUUUAAUGUAAUCACCAGUGAGUUGUGUUUUGCGUAUUCUUGCAUUGUUAAUGGACAGACACACCUGUUUGGGUGCACUAUUGCAAUUAUUAAUUAUUUAACUGAUCUAUAUAGGCAUUUGUACACAUAGGCUAUGGUUGUACAAUAUUUUUGACUUAAUACUUAUAUAAGGGUAUGGAUUUUAGGGUAAGUUUAAAAAAAAGUUUUUUGAAGCAUUCUUGCACAGCAAUAAGACUAUCCUAUUACACUAAUGAAGGGCUUUUACCUAUAAAAUGCUGAAUGUUGAUUUUUAUUUUUUUUUACAAAGCAAUGAAAUGGUCAACACAUUUAGAUUGUUUUUCUACUGUUUUGAUCAGAGUGUUCUAACCAUGUGUCUGUUUUUUCGCUUAUAAAUAAAGAGAAAUGCUGCUGUUUU